CAACUUCAAGUCGGUAUCUUUGACGAGGCGACGAGGAUGGCGCUGCCGCGGUACUACCACCUGCGCGACCCGAUCGAGCACCUCGUGGUGCAUGUCACGUUGCGCAAGGUGACCGAGGGCGACGCCAGCCGCAUGACCCGGGACGAGUGGACGCGCUCAUUCCAGUGGCAAGAAAAGGUGUUUAGCCCCGCCGAGUUUUGCCGCUUCAACACCCGAGCAACGGGCGACGUGGUCGUCCAGAGCGCCAAGGCCGCGUCGGCACUCGAGGUCGAGUACAAACACAUCAUUGCGCAGCGCCAAGAGGCGAACGAAGAGAUCCUCGAUCGCACCGCCGAGGCGGUCCUCUUUAGCUACACGGACCGCGACAACUAUGUGCCCAGCACGGAGACAGCGCGGGCCGUGUCAACCUCGAAGGAGCCACUGAGCGAUAUGGCGCUGGCCGCGAUAGCACUGCAGCGCCACGCGCCGUCGACCCACGCCGCGACGCGCGAAGUGGCCUUCAAGACCAUGUACCUCAUGGCAUCACUGGACAUUCCUUCCGACCUCUACAAGCGCAAGAAGAAACUCAAGCAGAUCCGCGAUCUCGACGACCACGUGCUCUGUGAGCUGCGCUACUACCCGCGCGCCCGCCUACUCGUCUGCCGUCCUGGCUUUUCGCAGGACACCAAAGGCGCUGCCGACAUUGUGUAUCUCGAACCGUCGUCGCUGCAGUCGAAAAGAGGCAACCACUACGAGUUUGUGCUCGUGAACGCACAGAAUCUGCACCCGGACGACAGCUACACGCAGCUCCAAGUGGCGCUCGAGCUCGACCGGCUCCAAGCGGCCGCCGACGACCGCGCGCGGCAGGCGUUCGAGACGCGCUGCGGCAUGGCCGGUGUCGCUGUGCCAAGCUCGAGCAUCGUCUCAUACGUCGACGUGGUCGCGACAGCGCUCUUGACACGCGACGACGAAGGCCUUUUGCUCGGGCGUCCCAUGUACAUGCAAUAUGUGGUGUUUCUAGACAAGUCGGACGGCAAGUGGGUGGGCCCACCCGAGACGUGGGACCCGAUCGACGCCCGGUUUGUGCUGCAGUCUGGCUGCACGCAACAAUGUUUGCCCCGGAAGGGCGUGCUGCACUGGAGUCUUCCGCUAGAAGUGACUGUGAAGUUGGCCGCCCUCAACGACGGCCAAUACAUUCACCCGCCCACCGUACGCCUCUCCCUCCAGCUUCUCUGUCGAGAUGCUUGGGAGCGCCACUACGUCCAAGGCUACGGCAGCGUAUGCUUGCCCACGACACCCGGGCGUUAUGAAGCCAUUUCGAUCGAGCUCUGGCGACCUCGGCUGCCUUCGGUGGCCGCCGAGCGCCGCAACUUUUUCCUAGGCGGCGAAGGCCAACUGCAGAGUCUCUUUGACGUUCACAAAGCGUCGUUCGGACUGCAGACAGAUGGCGCUGGCUCCGUCUUGGUGCGCGCGAGUGUGUUGCACCAAAGCAGCGUCGUCGAAGCCAUCACCGAAUCCAAGGAGCUCCGGCUCAUCAAGCGCGGCGUCGACGAGAUCCUCGCCAAAGUUCGCGCCGCCAAGCCAGACCGCACCGACCGCAAGGUCUCUGCCGUGAGCUCGAUCCUCGAUCAACUCCGCGAGAAGCGUCUUCUACCCGCCUCGCAAUCGCACUAGUUCAUCCCUGCAAAGCUUCUACAGUUCAGAACCGGAUCAAGACCACUCGAAGGGCCAGACUUUGACUCUAACGUGCGGCGCCGGCUCGCCUUGUGAUCAUAGCAGGGGCGUGCGCUUAUGUGCGCUGUAUAUAUAGACAUGGGGAUAGUUAGUAGAGAAAAACCCUAAUCGUCGUCGCUAUCGAGGUCGUCCAACGGGUUACCCGACCGCUUCUUCAUGACGCGAAAGAAUUCGUC